AUGAGAUCUCCAAUAACUAGUGAAGAAGUUAACGAAGGUAGACCGAAGGUUGGCAUAGGUCCCGACCAUGUUUAUAGACUCUAUGAUGCCUAUCGAUCUCGAUUGAAGGACGAGGGAGAUGAUUCCAAGGGCGCCGUGAAACUGGAACUGAAGGAGAAAGAAUCACCACCACUUCAAAGGGACAUAACUUCGAUCACUAAAAAAUAUAACGUACGUAUAGAUAAAGCUAACGAGUGUACACCAAUACCCAUAAUCAAAUACGAUGCCACUGAUGAUCAAGCCAUUCCUGCGGCAAAAUGCCUUGCCCGUCUACCCAGUCGAAGUAGGGAAAAUCAAACUGUUAAGGCAAAGGUAGAACCCAAAACUCCACUGGUAGGAAGUAUGAUUUUGGUAAAACUGAAUGUGCCAGAAAAUAUGCUAAAAGUGAAAAAACCAGAAAAAAUUGAAGAUCCCGGAGAGCGUCAAAUACUCGAACUUAUUCGCAUUUAUCAAAAGUUCUUAAAGGCAUGGCAGCAGCCUACGCCAAGUGUGAUUUCCAAGAAUGAAAGUCCUGGCAAUGCUCUUGCCUCUUAUGGGUCUGUCAGAUUGAGUGCAUUAUCUGAUCUAUUGGAUGUGGUUGAGCGGCUACAACAAGGAGAUUUGGUUAAAGAGUUAGCCGAAAAGAUAAACCAGGAAAUGGAACCCAAUUUGCAGAAGCAAAUCAAGCAGGAUGCUCUUCUGGUCACCGAAAGUAGAGAAUCUCUGAGAGCCAUUAAAAAGAAUGAUUUGUCAGGGAUCUUUGACAAUGUAGAGCCCGGAAGUGCUUCCAGAGCUUUCAAAAAUAUGUUAGAUGACAUAAACUCCAGAAGAUCAACGAUUAAGGCUGGUGGACUGUACGAUGAGUACAAGAAGGGUUUCUGUCAGCUAUUCAGUAAUCAUAAAUUUCCCCGACAAUCUCUAAUAACCAGCGAAACGGGUUAUCCUGUAGACAGCGAAUCAAGUAGCAGGAUGAAUGUGGAGGACAUUUUACCCUGUCAGGGUAAUAAAACGAUUGACACGCCUUUAACCAAACACGAAUCAAAAUGUCAGACUCCAGCCAAGAAGUACGUUUCCAUGGCAAGUCCGACCACAAACAGCAACUAUCUGAAGGCUCUGGAAAACUUUUUGAAAAUAAACAAGGAGGGUAAUAAGAACGGUGGACUUAAGCCAUAUUACUUACCACAUUCCAAAAACCGUCAGCUUAUUUGGAAUGAUAUUCCAUUGAUUAAGCCAGGUCUUAGUGAGACGCCUAAGAAAACUUCAGAGGAUAAGCUUAAUAAUAAACCUUCUAGUACCCCGAUUCAAGAGAUUGUAGUUCCUGAAAAGGAACCCAUUAAGGCACCCAGCGGUUCUAAACCUGCUCCGAACCUGCUAACUAAAGUGCCGAAAAUGCAAAAUCCUUUGCAAGAAGUUUUCUCAGGACUGGAUCCCAAACAAAUUAUCACCGGAUUAAAGGCCAUCAAACAGUCUUCCUUCUUCAAUCUUGUAGACGAGUAUCAAAAGCAAAUUGACAACCUUAAUCAAGCAUUGAAAAAUAAGCAGAGCUGGUGGAAAGAGGUAAUGAAUAGAGGCAAAGCUCCCAUGAGGACACCAUCGAAAAGGAAUAUUAUGAUGAAUAAUCCACCAACUGGACCUGCCUUGCCUGUGCCUUUUCCCGAGGUUCUGGUCAAUCAGGCUCCAUUGGGUGGUAAUAAUGUCAUCGGAAACAUGGCCUCCCAAAUGAACUUGUCACCUUUAGAAAUGGCUCAAAGAAUAGUAGGAGCUGGUCAAAACGCUGCACAUAAUCCAGGCAAUGGACAAGUUAGAUUCAUGCCAAUUAUAAAUCCUUUAAAAGCAAGUCAGAUCGGAAGUAACUUCAAAAAAGUACCAGAAGUUCCAGGUUCAAUAAGUCAACAAUGGCAGGAGGAGCAGGGGAUAUCCCCAGUGCUAGACAAGAUCCUGGAACGCUUGGAGACCAUUCAGGCAACCAAAUGUAAUAAAACAGCGGUAGAGGAGGAGGAGAAGAAUCUGCCCUGCUGCUUUGUGGAUCCAGCUGAUGGUUCCCCUUGUGACCUGAACGGCUCCUGGGAAUCCCUAGUCCUGGGAAUUCGCAUAAAUAUCCGUUCACCACCCAUGAAUAAUGGAGAGGCACAUGAUAAGCCCACCUGUUCUCAACAUAAAAAUCGUAACCAUCGUCGAAGGUUUGUACGGCAGUGCGUCAAGAUGAACAAGACCCAGUUGAAGGAGAUGUCCGAUACCAAAAAUUCCAGUUACCAAGGAAUUACGCUUAAUAUUACAGUACAAGAGACAGUGCCACCGAGAGCCCAUGAUCUUCUGGAUAACCUCACCGAUUGGUAUUUCUCUGGUCAUACCCUAAUGAUACUCGGUGGACCACUUUCGCUCUCCUUCCGCAAGGCAAACUCCAACCUGAUUGGACACUUCGUUGGCUACUGUCGCACCUGCGGCUGUGUGGACACCAUUUUUGGUUCUUGGAGUUUUUGUCAGCCUUCAAGGGAUUGCCAAGAUAUUUGUAUGUCGAUUGUGGAUAGACGGGACAUGUUGCGAAGAUAUAGUAUGGAUGAGCGACGAAAGAAUCGGUUCAAGGAGCAGCUCUACAUGGGCAGCAAGUUUGCUAAGAAUGAAAAGCAGCAGUUGGUGGUGGAACAGGCAAAAUUUAACAAGCAAAGGUCACAGGAUUCCCAAAAUCCUAAUUAUGGCAAAACUUGAUUUUAAAGUUGGUUUUUAUUUUUGUUAUUUACUUUCCUUUUUUUUGAAACAAUUUUAUGUUGUA